AUGUCGUAGGCGGAAGCACACACAGAAACGAAAACACGAAGCUGGAGUGAGCGACUGCUAUACAGUAGAUCAUGGACACGUUAAUACUGGAGCCCUCUCUGUACACUGUCAAAGCAGUUCUGAUCAUGGACAAUGAUGGAGAGAGACUGUAUGCAAAGUAUUAUGAUGACACAUACCCCACAGUUAAAGAGCAGAAGGCUUUUGAGAAGAACAUUUUCAACAAAACACACAGAACAGACAGUGAAAUAGCAUUGCUGGAGGGUCUAACGGUUGUGUACAAGAGCAAUAUUGAUUUAUAUUUCUACGUUAUCGGCAGCUCCCAUGAAAAUGAGCUGAUGCUAAUGUCAGUGUUGAAUUGUCUCUUUGACUCUCUGAGUCAAAUGUUGAGGAAAAAUGUGGAAAAGAGAGCCUUGCUUGAAAAUAUGGAGGGCCUUUUCCUGGCUGUUGAUGAGAUUGUGGAUGGAGGUGUGAUCCUGGAGAGUGACCCUCAGCAGGUGGUCCAUCGUGUUGCUUUGAGGGGUGAUGAUGUGCCUUUGACAGAACAGACAGUCACACAGGUGCUACAGUCAGCCAAGGAGCAGAUUAAAUGGUCUCUCCUCCGAUAGGACACUUUUGGUCCUGUUCCUAAACUGAGACAACGGAAUAAAAGAAGACACAACCACUUUUCGGCACUCUUCUCCAAUCUGCCUUUUUUUUUUUUCUUUUUUUUUUUUCUUAAUGUCCACUGAAAACAGCUUCUUUGAUUUCUCACUUGAAGAUAAAGCCAAGAAGAACAUGACCGUUUCAAAUUAGAAUGUCAAAAUGAGAGAGAAGACGGAAUAUUGUCUUGGCAGGACUUUGUUUUUAGGGAAAAGUACCAGGGGAUGUGUGUGUUGUAGUUUUUUAUCCCAUUCCAGUAAGCUCUGAAUAUAUGGCUGGUUUUGUGAAUUUCACUGUUGUGCUGUGAGAAUUUCAUAUCCAUUCAUGUACAUUCCAGUGGUUGAUAUUGUGCUCUCUUCUUCCCUCUGACCCUCGUUUAGAUUGAAGUAAAGAAAACAUUUUCAUUCUA